AUGUUCUUUGAUGGCGCAACACGACAAAAUGGAGCCGGGGCUGGGGUUAUAUUCAUCAUACCGGAAGGAGAGGUCUUGCCUUUCUCCUUUUCACUUACCGAAUGUUGUUCUAAUAACAUGGCCGAAUAUCAAGCCUUGAUUCUUGGGUUGAAAAUGGCAGUGAAUAUAAAGAUGUCUCGCCUUAAAGUUUUUGGGGAUUCUCAAUUAGUCAUCAGACAGCUCCUCUCACUAUAUGAAGUCAAGAAGCCGGAAUUCAUCCCAUAUCACAAGUAUGCACUUAAACUGAUAACAUCCCUUGAUUGUGUCACUUUAGAACAUGUGCCACGAAAAGAGAAUAAGCAAGCCGAUGCCUUAGCAAAUCUGUCGUUAACAUUAACAUCAUGUAGUGAGGAGAUAAAAGUCCCUGUAUGUCAAAGAUGGGUUGUUCCACCACUAAAUCAUGACAUAAAAGAGAAAGAACAAGUGGGUGUAGUUUCUGUCUACGAGAUUGAAAGAGAAGACUGGCGUCAGCCGCUUAUCGAUUAUUUGAGACAUGAAGAGCUACCUAAAGACCUACGCCAUAAGACAGAGGUGAGGCGAAGAGCUUCUCGCUUCAUAUACUUCCAAGGCACUCUUUACCGAUGCUCUUUUGACGAAGUCUUUUUGAGCUGUCUCGAAGAAGAAGAAGCAACAAAAGCACUAGAGGAAGCUCACUCAGGGAUCUGUGGAGCACACCAAUCAGGCCCUAAACUUCACUUCCAGAUCAAAAGAAUGGGAUAUUACUGGCCAACAAUGGUGAAGGAUUGCAUAGACUAUGCUAGAAAAUGUCAAAGUUGUCAAUUGCAUGCUAAUUUGAUCCACCAGCCACCCGAGCCUUUACACCCGACAGUUGCCUCUUGGCCCUUUGAUGGUUGGGCACUGGAUGUGGUAGGACCAUUGCCGAAAAGCUCUGGGGGGCAUCUUUACAUAUUGGAUGCAACAGAUUACUUCUCCAAGUGGGCAGAAGCUACAGGAUUAAAAGAGGUCAAGAAAGAGACAGUUGUAAACUUCAUUCAAACAAACAUCAUUUACCGUUAUGGGGUACCAAGAUACAUCAUAACCGAUAAUGGAAAGGAGUUCUACAAUACAGCCAUGAAUAAGUUGUGUGCACAGUUCAGUUUCAAACAACAUAACUCUUCUAUGUACAAUGCUCUGGCUAAUGGUUUGGCAGAAGCCUUCAACAAGACUGUGAUGUUUUGA